UUUCACAAUUUUCACGUUAACAAGGGAAGUAGAAAUCUGCCUAAUUCCUAAAUCCUCUGUUAAUUCAUUUUUAAGCUAAUUUUUCUCUUUCUUCUCCCACAUCAAAUGUUCUAGUCUUCUACCCAUUUACACAAAGCAUUCAAACUCUUCCUAGUUUCUACCAUGAAACUCAAAAACAUAUAUUCUAAAUUACAGGUUUUCAGGUGGAAGAGUCUGCUUAAGGGGUCUGAUGAUGUUGAUGGGGGUGCUAAUGUAAAAGGGUCUAAGAAUGUGAAGAAGCCAUCAUGGAUGACACCAAUCUCACACGGGUAUCAUAUUCUCGAGGCUCGGUCGUGGGGAGGAGAAGAGGAUGAAGUAGAGAAGCUAGACAAUGUAGUUGUGCAAAGAGAAGAAAAGGAGGGUCUUGAGUUGUGGUUUUAUGGUGUUUCGGAUGCUAGUAUUGGUGAUGGCAUCAGCAGGUACUUGCAGUCAAAUUUUUUUGACAGGAAAUUUAAGGAGUCUCUGGUGGUCAAAGCUAGCAAAGACACAAUGAGAAAGGCUUACCUUGAUGCAAGAGCGAAGCUUGAGAGUGAUAAACCGGAGAAGAUGGUAAAAUCUGCAUCUGCAAUGAUUAUCAAUGGGGAGAAGAUUGUGAUGGCGCAGAUGGGUGGUUAUAGAGCUAUUGUGUGCAGAGAUGGUAUGGCUCAUCAGUUGCGGGUUACACAUCAGUAUACCGGAAAAAGGCAUUGGCCUCACCGGCUGAUUUCAGGGGCAAUGCGCAUUCCAAGAGUACGCAUACAAGCAUGUCAUACAGGGAGUGAAUCAAGCAGAAAACAGACAGAUAGUUUAGAAUUGAUUGCUGCUUCUGAAAGAAUAGAUUCAGAAACUGAAUUUAUUAUCUUAGCAAGUAAUGGUAUUUUUGAGGUAAUGAGGAAUCAAGAGGCAGUGGACCUCAUCAGGCACAUAGAUGAUCCUCAAGAAGCUGCCGAGUGCUUAGCAAGGGAAGCGUCUAUGAGAAUGAGCAGGAGCAAUAUUUCUUGCGUAGUUAUUCGUUUUGAUUAGAACAGGCCACAGGGUACAUAUUUAAUGCCUUUUGAUAUACGAUCACAUCAGGUGAUUAACUGUAAGUCUGUAACUAGAGGUAGAUUGAAGAGCACAUGUAUAAACUGUAUAAGCAGUGAACCGUGGUUUUUCUCUUAAAUCUCAUAUAAUAAGAUAAGGAAACCAAGAUUUCAAUUUGCCAUAACAAUCAUGAAC